AUGCCCCCGGUCAAUUCGCCUUCUGAUGCCCCCUCCCGAUCGCCCUUGGCCGCUUCUUCCCUCCAGUCUCUCCCCGCAGUCGUGUCCGAUGAUGCCCAUGAUGAUAACGUGAGUUUCUUGCGGUCUCGUGUGCGCUCGCCGCCCGACUCCUCCUCGUCCGUACUCAGUCGCCAGCGCCGCCGCCGACAACACAUACUCUCCGAGUUGCGGUCUGAAUUCGACAUCGACCCAAUGGACCUGGAUGACGCUAGCAUGCGCAUGUCGGUUGAGAUCAAUCGUCGCAUACCCAUCCUGCGCCAGCGCGACCGCUCUAGUGAAGAGAGUCAUAGCACCAUCAAUAAUAGUAAUUUACCGAACUAUGAAGCCCGAGUCUCGAAUCCUCGUACCCUCUAUGGCUGGGCUCCGGCCUCCGACGACGAAGAUGAUGAUGAUAUGGCAUAUCCACCCAUCAAUGCACUCUCAUCAUGGCUUGGUCGACUUUCAGGACGGGGUCCUGCCAGGAUAGGUGCACGUCGCGAGAAUACCUCCAGAAAUCAAGCCAUGCCGGACGAUUCCACGGAAAGCAGCCGCCGACAGAACGAUACUUCAGGCUCCACAGCUGAGGCCCUCCUACAGUCAAUACCACGGCAAUCCAGAUUCUCGCGAAACAGAACAAUUCACGAUUAUCUUCUUGACCGCGAAAGAGCCAACCAGAGUACAGAUCAGAGCCAUGAGCGGCCGACCGCGGUAUCCUCGCCUCGGGCAUAUCGGUUUCUUCCUGGGGGUCGUAGCGAGCCACAGCGUGUUCUAACACACAGCGAUGUUCGUGCCCGAGUCAGCGCUCAUCGGCAGAUGCACUUGGAAAAUCCACCCAGUCCACGAUUAAAAGAAACCAUUCGGUAUCUCGACCGAUUACGCUACUCCAAUUCUUUCGAGGAAAGUUUGACCUCUGCGGCGGCGGGGGGAUUCGUUCAGCUAGAUUUCCUCACCUGGGAUGAGGAUGACUUCAUUCUAGACACAGCCUCAAUAUCUCCGCCGCCAGAAUGUUCAUGGCUUCGUCCAGGCAUGACAUUUUCUGGCUUUCAGAGAGCUGCGAGCGGUGCCAGCAUCGUUUUACCUCAGCAAGGCCUGACCUCUUCGUCCAAUGAUCCGAUAAUUGUCAAUGGUAGUGACCAGAGUCGCAUCAGUGUGCAAACAGCCAACGGGAGACGAUACUUUGCCAGCCAUGUAUACAAUAUUGUAGGCGGAAAGGACGAGAAUUGGCCUGUCAAAGUCACAAUUCACAACAUCAACACUAAGGACAUGACGCUAUCAGGAACUAUGGAAGCAUACAAUAUUCCGGAUAAGACGUCGCCGUCUCAUGAUGCACAUAUUGUGACAUUCCUAGAGGGAGAGAUUAUCGACUUCAACACCCAUACCUUGGAAACCAAGAACUUCAAAGCGGAUGCGGAGAUCGACAGCACGUAUUGGCGGGAGCUACAGCCAUUCAAGAACCUCACCGAUGAAGAGAUGACUCGGAAUCUUGUGAGUAGGAAGUGGAUCACUGAACAGCUGUGCAAGGGGUGGAUUCUGAUGAGAUGGAAGGAACGAUGUUUCAUCACGCCCACAGAUGCACGGCAAGGACUUACGAUAUCCGGCUUUUACUACAUCUCUCUACAUCGCGAGAGCGGCCAUAUUGAAGGGCUAUACUACGAUCCCGGCAGCUCACCUUACCAGCAGUUGUCCUUGAAGCCAGAGACGAAAAAAAUGGUUCGACCUUCGUACAGCUUCCGGUAG